AAUUUUUGAGCAAGUGUCGAGCCGGCUGCGAGCCGAACGCUUAUACAUACUGUGUACAGCUAUACAUGGUGUCGGUGUGAUAACAACAGUAUUAUUGUCAGCAUGGCAUACUCCGUUAAUAUUUCGGUGGAAGCACCGAUUGAAAAUGAAAUUCAAGAAAUUACUUUUGAUGGACAAGAAAUUUACAAAACACCACCUACUCUAUCUGAACAUUUGACGAAAAUAGCUCAAAAAAUUGAUUUCGGUAAAACCAAUGAUGAAGAAAAUGCAAAAGAUCCAACAGAAAAUUGUGAGAAAGUGGAUGAAGAUAACAAAGAUCCUGCUAAUUUUCAAUCACCUAAUUGGCCUUGGGAAUCUCUGAGAAACAAAUUACGGGAAGCUUAUACAGAAUUAUGUGUACUGGCAGAUGUACUUGCCAUUGCAAAAGAUAAACGUUAUUUGGUUCUAGAUCCCAUGCCAAGAGAUUCAACCGAAACAAGCAAACCAUUGGUUCAAAUCAAUGCUAAGAAAAAAGCAUUAGGUUUAGUUGCCAGCAUAUUAACUACUGGUACUGAACGUAUGAAAGUUAAUUUGAAUGAACAAGCAAGAACAAGAUCACCAGAUUUUCAUAUAGAAUUAUUGAGACUAAGACAAAAUUGGAGACUGAAGAAAGUUGGUAAUGCUAUAAUAGGUGAUUUGAGUUAUCGAACUGCUGGCUCUAAAUUCAGUCAAAGUGGAAUGUUUGAGAUAACCAAAGCAGAAGAUGACGAGAAACCUGUAACGUCGCCAUCAGAGUCUCCUAAUCCCAACGCUGUUGUGCCAAGUAAUAAGAAUGUAUCUGCUUUACGUGUAACCAUUCCUCCUGAACUAGAAGGCAUAGCUUAUAUUGAAGUCCUAUGUAAAAAAGAUCAAGAAGCUCUUUCUAGCGCCAACAUAACAUGGUUGAACAGUGGGUCAGGAAACACUAUUGAUCCAGAUACUCAUUGGCAACAGAAGUUGGAAGCUGCACAGAAUGUUCUAUUUUGUAAAGAACUUUUUAGUCAAUUGGCCAGAGAAGCAGUGCAGUCAACUUCACCAAUACCACAUAUGGUUGUUGGUAACAGAAUUAUGGCUACAAUUCUGCCUGGCAUACAAUUAAUUAUAAUUCUAAGACACAGUACAGGUGGUGAAAAAAAACCAGUUCCACAAAAUACAGAUCAUGAUCAUGUUCUUGAACAUUCAUUACAUCAGCUCUUGCGAGAAGUUCAUUAUAAAAAUACACAUCAUACAUUUCCACAUCCAUCAUCUGCUCCUCUGGGUCCCAGCAAACGAAGAUGUUUGGCAGGUCCUACUGCAGCUGAUAGGCAUGAAUUAGUGGAAAUGACAAAAUCGCAAACCCUCUUAGAACAAAUUAUUCAACAAGCUCAACAUGCUUUCAUGAGACUGAGAAUUGGUUAUGUAUUAGACACAUUGGCCAAAGAAGUUAAGGACCCACUGAUUGUUUCACAUUGGACAUGUUACAACUCACCUACACAAUCAAGUGUUAAAAUAAAUCUUGUCACGCAUGGUUACGAUCAGUUAUCUAAAACUUCUAUGAUUUUACAUAUAUAUGAAAAAUCAUUAAAAUGUAUAUGUAAAGAUGGUCGAGUGAUGAAUUUGAGCUACGAGCCACAGGAAUUGAGAGAUCUUAUAAUGUACCAGAUUUAUCAACAUCAAAUAAGUACGGUCCAAGGUUUAGCAAAAUGUAUGGGUUGGCAAGUUUUAGGAAACAGUAAUGGAUUAGGCCUUGGUCCUGUUGAACUUUUAGGAAAUGCCAGUAGUUGUAUACUAGCAUCUCCUAAUGGGGACAGAAUAAUAUCUAUGAGAUGCGAGCCACAAUUUGGUAUUGCAGUUUCUAUAGCACACUCACCAAGGAAAGAUUUUUUCCCUGGGCAGUUAGUAAAAGAAAGAAAAUGGGAAAAUCUUGGUGGUUCAUUCAAAGAAGUAAGAUGGGAUAAAAUGGAAGGUAAAAAUUUCAUCAACAAAGUAGAAAUGCUGAUGGCAUCUCUUACAAGCUCUUAAAGACUACUUUUAAAGAGUUAUAGAAUUGAAGAGUACAUUUUAAGAACUAUAUGUUUUUUGUCAUUUUUUGAAAAAUUAAUUUUGUAUUUUGCCAAUGGCAUUAUACAUAAAAUCUAAGAUCUUAUGUGUAGUAUCUUAAAUAAGGAGAAGUGUGAAUGUCGCAUAUUUUUAUAUUUAUCUAUGAAAGAAAAUUGUGUAAAAUUUAGCAAAGAAAGUUAUUAUAUAGCUUAUUUUAAUUUAAAAUGA